CGCCAUAUUCACAGUGAGAAGCGCAAACGAGCUUGAAUUGAUUACAGAAACUGGCUACGAUAUUAGUUAUACUGAGGAUGCUGUGAAAGUAGGUUCUCUCUAUCAGAGUACAAAAGAUGGCGUCUAGACCUUCUCGGAGUUCCCAUGGGAAGCCCUUCUCUGCAAACAGAACACAUGUCAAUACUCCACCUAAAACUGUGUCUGGAGAAAGAUACCCCGAGAUCAAGCAGAGAGGCUUCUACUCCGACAUCAUCGGUACAGAUGCUGCUGAGAGCACAAAGAAUGUCCUAAAUGGACCUCCUACAGCACAAGAUACACUCUGGAUUGUGGCCAAAGAGAAACACACCCCUAGAGUGACAUCAUUCACAGCAAAGGCUGGACUUGAGGAAGCCAUUAAAUAUCAACAGUCCUAUGGACCUACCACAGAAAAUAAAGAUAUAUCAGAUUUCCCUCUGACUGCCUCAGAGCCCAAAGUACAGCUUCCAUUCUACACAAAGCCAGGGGAAUGUCCUCGGAAAAUAGAGAUUGAAAGACGGCGGCGACAUUAUGCCAGCCUUGACCUCAACGAACUGCUCACCGCACAUAACAUCCAGACAGAACUGCUCAUGCCAAAACAGCAAGUGAACGGAAACAACAAUGUCAUUCUGAACGCCGACCCGAGUGACCCGACACAUCUUGACAAAGAAUUGCCAUUACACAUCUUCGACAAUGAGGAGUUUGACAGUCGUACUCAUGCUGAGUGGAUUGCUCUUGGAAAAGAGAAUGGGACACGCAAACCAGUACCUGGCAUUGCAUUGCUGCCGACCAAGGAUACAGAUGUAGAGAAGGAGCCCACAGACCCCAGUAUUGAGUACGACUGGUUCCGUGUGGGAGUGCUGGACUAUGAUGAGACAAGCAAGAGAUACCUGGUGCAGAAGGUCAACAAGUCAGGCCGCGUCACAGACCCUGCAGGAAGUCCUGUAGUGAAUGGGGGAAAACUGGAUGAUGGGACUAGAGUAAUGCUAUCAAACCAAUUCUGGAUCCCCCGGAUCCGUCUGAUGCUGAUGGCGGAAGAUCCACAGAUAUACGCCAUGCGCGUGUCCCAAGCUUACGAAGCCCGCAAACUAUGCGAGGCGGAGCUGCGAUACAAUUUGUACAUCGACUGUAUGCCCAUGGAUGGUGUUGGGGAGUUGGACCAGGCAUCUCUCAAGAGGAUGAUUGAGUGGGCUCGCAGUGCCCCAGGACUGGCAAGAGACAAGCAUGUGGAGGACUAUGUACAAGUGCUGGAGAAGGAGGUCAACAUUGACUUAGCGAACAUGUCCGGCUCAAUGAAUAGAAUCAUCUUUGAGAAGACAGUGACCCAAUUAAUGAAGACCCACACACCUUUCAAUCUUGCCUUUGUCUCUGUUCCUGUUGUUGUGAAGGUCAGCGUUCCCCGGAGAGGUUGUUGUCUGGAUGUGCCAGAAUACCCAUUUGAUGAGCAGUACGACAACUUUGCCUUCAACUCACUGCUGACACGUGAAGAGAGUAUCCAGGCAACGGGCAAAGUCCGCACAGAAUGUAACAAGGUUGCAGGCAUGCCACUGUUCCAUGUCCCUACUGCUAAACCCAUGAGGCUGGAGGAGUUCGAACAGACACAGUCACAGACAACUUCUCAGGUGUCACUGUUCCUGAAGGACAGCUGGAUCACCACGCUGCGAGCCAGCAUCCGGACCUGUCUGCGAGAUGUGGGCAAGGGCUGGUUCAACAUCCAUGAGACAAACUGGGAGGUGUAUCAGAUCUCCAAACUCAAGAAGUUCAUGGAGAUGGUCAAGUUUAUCAUGCAGGACUCCCUGAGGUACCUGGUGCAGGACUCACUGGUCAACUUCACACAGAUGGUGGUGGAUGCAUGUCACUCCACCCUCCAGCUGGAAGACAGCUUCGUCUGGGGGGCUGACGUCAUCAGCAGCUCAUUCAAGCCAAAGAGGAACGCCCUGUUCCUGGUAGACCUGACCCUGGAUAACCAGGGCGUUCACUACAGCACCAACCUCACAUCAUUUGAGACCACCCUCGUCUCACUGUUUGACCGGGGAAUCCUCUCCACACAGAAUGUCCCCCAGCUGGAGAAGUACAUCCUUGAGGACAUCUUCUGGUCCGGAACUCCCCUCCUGGAGUCUGUGGGAGAGCACGAGCCCCCUGUAGAGGAGUUGCGUGACACCAUCUGUAACGCCAUCCGCCAGGCCGUUAUCCCCAUGAAGGCGUACGCCCGGGAGUAUGAGAAGUACCUGGAGUUGAUGAACCUGGACAUCAACGUCUACAUCAAGACAUAUGAAGGUGAAGGUCAUACAGCAGCAGAGGUCAAGAAAGAGGUUGAGAUGCACUUACAGGAGAAGGAAGAGCUGGAAUCGACAUUGCCUAGCAACAUGAUCAUCGGACCUUUCUGGGUGAACACUGAGAAUGUGAGGCAGGCGUUGUCCAAGAAGAGGAAGAACCUGAGCAAUGCUGUCCUGGAACUCCUUGCAAGACAGCUCCGGAAACAAGCAGAUGAUGCAUGUGAGGAGUUCAAGGCCUUCAGUCGGAAGCUGUACGAGAAGCCAAACUGUAUAGAGGAACUUUCAGAGAUGAAGGAAUGGAUGAAGACCAUACCAGACAAGCUGAAGGAACAUCAGGAACUCAUUGACAAGGCCAUGACAGACUAUGAGCUGAUAGAGGAGUUCUACUACAACCUGUCUACAGAUGACUUUAAUGCUAAGUGGACAGCCAUUGGUUGGCCCCAUAAGAUCGAGCGUCAGAUGGAGCAGACCAAUCAACAACUGGAUGAGGAUGAAGAGAGAUUCCGCAAGCUGCAGUCGUCUGACCAAACAAACUUUGAAGACCGACUUGAUACUCUGCAGAUGGUUGUCGCUGGCAUGGCUGCCCACACAGACAUCUCCAAGGCUCAUGAGAUUGCCAAUGAGGUCCGCAGAGUCCACAAGCAGCUGAAGGAAGCCCAAACUCUGGCUCAGACCUACAACACCAGGGAGAGGCUGUUUGGGAUGCCUGUGUCCAAUUACGACAAGCUGGCAAAGCUUGUCAGGGACUUUGAUCCAUUCCGCAAUUUGUGGAUCACUGUGUCCGACUGGCAACGCUGGAAUGACAGUUGGAACAACGACCCUCUCACCUCCAUCAAUGCUGAAGAUGUGGAGAAGAAUGUGAACGAGGCGUACAAGACCAUGCACAAAUCAGUGAAGAUCUUCCAAGAUAUUCCAGGUACACAUAUACUAUAUAUGUCACAACUAAUAGUUUCCUUCAUUGCCAGUUAUCGACUAAACCUUUUGUCUACCGACCUUGGUUUCCCAAUCCGACCCAAAGCCAACCUGACCUUCAAGAAGUGCCUGGAAAUGAACCUACAGGACCACAUCCAGGUCAUUGCCAAGGUGGCAGAGGUUGCCGGCAAGGAGUACUCCAUUGAACAGGCUCUGGACAAGAUGGAGAAGGAGUGGGACCCUGUCAUGUUUGAGAUCAUUCAGUACAAAGAGACGGGCACCUUCAUCCUGAAGAGUUCUGAAGAAACAUCCCAGCUCCUUGAUGACCACAUCGUGAUGACACAGAGCAUGUCCUUCUCACCCUACAAGAAACCCUUCGAGGACCGCAUCAACAGCUGGGAGAACAAGCUCCGGACAACACAGGAUGUGCUGGACGAAUGGCUCCAGUGCCAGCGGGCAUGGCUGUAUCUGGAGCCCAUCUUCAGCUCCGAGGACAUCAAUCGGCAGCUGCCCGUGGAGAGUAAGCGGUACCAGACCAUGGAGAGGAUGUGGAGGAAGAUCAUGAAGAAUGCCAAGGAGAACCCACAGGUGACUCCCCUGUGCCCUGACAACCGUCUCCUUGACAACCUGCGUGAGUCCAACAAACUGCUUGAGCAGGUUCAGAAAGGACUCAGUGAGUACCUUGAGACCAAGCGAAAUGCCUUCCCACGAUUCUACUUCCUGUCCGACGAUGAACUGUUGGAGAUUCUGUCUCAAACCAAGGACCCAACUGCUGUACAGCCUCAUCUUCGCAAGUGCUUUGAGAACAUCGCCAGGCUGAAGUUUGAAGAUGAUCUGAAGAUCACUCGGAUGUACUCCGGUGAGGGAGAGGAUGUGGGAUUCCGAGAGAGCAUGUAUCCUACUGGAAAUGUGGAGGACUGGAUGUCAGAGAUAGAGAGAGUGAUGAAGGAAAGUCUCAGGCAGAUCAUCAAGGAUUCAUUACAGCACUACAAGGAGGUACCUCGAACAGAAUGGGUUCUGCAGUGGCCAGGUCAGGUCGUCAUCGCAGGCUGUCAGACAUACUGGAGUUCGGAGGUGACAGACUCCCUCGAGAAGAACUACCUCAAUGAUUUGUACCAGACACUGCUUCAGCAACUGGAUGACCUCAGGAACCUGGUGAGAACUGACCCCAAGAUCGGCAGGAUGACCCUCUCUGCCCUCAUUGUCGUUGAGGUCCAUGCCCGAGACGUGGUGGCCAAGAUGGUGGAGGCCAAUGUCAGCAAUGCCAAUGACUUUGAAUGGAUCAGUCAGCUCAGAUACUACUGGCUGGAGGAUGAAAACUUGUACACUCGGGCUGUCAACGCUCAGUUCCCCUAUGGGUAUGAGUACCUGGGAAACACCAGCCCCGUCAUCACACCACUCACUGACAGAUGCUACCUGACCUUAACUGGGGCUCUUCAUCUCAAGUUUGGUGGAGCUCCUGCUGGCCCAGCCGGGACAGGCAAAACAGAGACAACCAAGGAUCUGGCCAAGGCUAUGGCUAUCCAGUGUGUUGUCUUCAACUGCUCCGACCAGCUCGACUUCAUGGCUAUGGGCAAGUUCUUCAAGGGUCUGGCCAGUGCUGGAGCGUGGGCUUGUUUUGAUGAGUUUAACCGUAUCGACAUUGAAGUGUUGUCAGUGGUUGCUAUGCAAAUCACGACAAUCCAGAAAGCCCAACAACAACGGUCAAGUUUGGAUAAAUUAGACUGCACGUUGCUACCCGUCAGGACCCUAUACGACAGCUUGUUUGUGCCUGACUGUCUGUGUGCUCUCCCUAACCCCAUGUGCCUCUCUCUUGUCUCCUCACUCAGCUCGGGGGCAUGGGCCUGCUUUGAUGAGUUUAACCGUAUCGAUAUAGAAGUGUUGUCAGUGGUAGCUAUGCAGAUUAUGACAAUCACACGAGCACAGCUUCAGAAGUUGGACAGGUUCAUCUUUGAAGGUGUCGAGCUGGCACUGAAGGCGUCCUGCGCUGUCUUCAUCACAAUGAACCCCGGCUACGCUGGCAGGACAGAGCUGCCUGACAACCUCAAGGCGCUGUUCCGGCCAGUAGCUAUGAUGGUGCCGGACUAUGCCCUCAUUGCCGAGAUCUCUCUCUUCUCCUUCGGGUUCUCGGAUGCCAGGAACCUGUCCAAGAAGAUUGUCACCACAUUCAAGCUGUCAUCCGAGCAGCUCAGCUCUCAGGAUCACUACGACUUCGGUAUGCGUGCUGUGAAGAGUGUCAUCUCAGCUGCAGGAAACCUGAAGCGACAACACCCAGACAUGGACGAGGAAUUGAUUGCUUUACGUGCCAUCAGGGACGUCAAUGUACCCAAGUUCCUGAUAGACGAUCUCAAACUCUUCUCCGGUAUCGUGUCUGAUCUUUUCCCCAACAUCAAGGAUGAGUCUAUAGACUAUGGAGCUCUAGAUACAUCACUGAGGAAGAGCUGCAGCAAACUCUCCAUCAAGGAUGUUGAUGGCUUCAUCAAGAAGUGUAUUCAGCUGUACGAGACCACGGUGGUGCGGCAUGGUCUCAUGUUGGUGGGGCCCACAGCGUCUGGCAAAACAAAGUGCUAUGAGACUCUCCAGAAGGCAAUGACCUCACUGAAAGGGGAGAUGUCGCCAGCAGGGGUGGAGUUUGAGCAUGUCCACACCUAUAUCCUCAACCCUAAGUCCAUCACCAUGGGGCAGUUGUAUGGAGAGUUUGACAUCCUCACUCAUGAAUGGACUGAUGGCAUCCUGUCCUCACUCAUACGAAACAGUGCAGCAGCUACUGAUACAGACCUCCGCUGGUUUCUGUUCGACGGCCCUGUGGAUGCCGUGUGGAUUGAAAACAUGAACACUGUGCUGGAUGACAACAAGAAGCUGUGUCUCAGCAGCGGAGAGAUCAUCAAACUGUCAGAUGGCAUGACGAUGAUGUUUGAGGUGGCUGACCUGGCUGUUGCCUCCCCCGCUACUGUCAGUCGUUGUGGUAUGGUGUACCUUGAACCCAGCUACAUCGGCCUCAGCCCCUUCGUGGAGUGCUGGCUGAAGAAACUUCCUGACAACAUCUACGACCACAAGGACCAUCUUCAGCAGCUCUUUGAUGCCUUCAUGGAGCCUGCUCUGAAGUUCGUGAGAAACACUGUUAAGGAAAUAGUCCCAACUGUCGAUGGCAACCUGGUCUUCAGUCUCCUCAAGCUCGUUGAGUGUUUUUUCACUCCCUUCAUUCCUAAAGAGGGAGAGAACCCCAUCUCAGAAGAGUCCCUGGCACGGGUAAAGGAGCUGAUUGAACCCUGGUUCAUCUUCUCCCUUGUAUGGAGCAUUGGAGGUACCGGUGACAACGACAGUCACAAGAAGUUCUCUGACUGGCUCAGGAUCAAAAUGAAGGAAGAGAAUAUGACUAUGCUGUUCCCUGAAGAAGGACUAGUGUACGACUACUGCCUGGAUGACGGAGGCAUCAGCAGCACCGGUGGCGAGGACCUGGAUGAUGACGACAACGCUGUUGAGAAGAAGGUUCAGUGGCUCAACUGGAUGCAUGGCAUGCCAUCAUUUUCAAUCAACCCCGAGACUCGCUACUCUGACAUCAUCGUCCCCACUAUCGACACCAUCCGCAACGCUUACAUCAUUGAGUUGCUGCUCCUUAACAAGAAAACAGUGUUAAGUAUUGGCCCAACAGGUACCGGCAAGACUCUGACUAUCGCAGACAAGCUGACACGCAACCUGCCAAAGGAGUACAUUCCAGAGUUCAUUGUCUUCUCUGCCAAUGUCUAGACAAGAGGUGAGCAGAGAAAGCCCAUGUCUAUGAAUGAUAAUGUACAAAAACGUAAAGGUGUGUUUGGUCCUCCAUUGGGCAAGUACUUCAUCUUCUUUGUGGAUGAUCUGAACAUGCCAGCCCUGGAGGUGUAUGGAGCUCAGCCACCCAUUGAGCUGCUCCGACAGUGGAUGGAUUUCAGGGGAUGGUAUGACAGGAAAGCCAUUGGUGACUUCCGCAAUCUUGUGGAUGUGAACUUUGUGUGUGCCAUGGGUCCACCCGGUGGUGGCCGUAACCCAGUGACAGCUCGUUUCCUGCGCCACUUCAACUUCUUGGCCUUCACGGAGAUGGAGGAUCUCAGCAAGAAGAAGAUCUUUGGUACCAUCCUCAACUCCUGGACCAGUCAGAACUCUAGCCUGGCCCAGCACAGCCAGCAGCUGGUGGAUACUUGCAUCGACAUGUACAACACCAUCACCACCCAGCUGCUGCCCACACCAGCCAAGAGUCACUACACUUUCAACCUCCGUGAUCUCUCAAAGGUUUUCCAAGGAAUACUCAUGAUGGAUCCAACAAAAGUCCAGAGUGUGAGUGAGAUGCUACGUCUGUACUACCACGAGAGUUGCCGAGUGUUCCAGGACCGUCUGGUCAAUGAUCAGGACCGGCAGUGGUUCGAGGAUCUGCUGAAAGAGAAGAUGGAGACAGAUUUCAAUAUGAAAUAUGAAGAGGUCAUCAUCAGAAAGCCUGUGUUGUUCGGGGACUUCAUGCAGGCAAGCUCUGCUGAUAGACCGUACAUCGAGAUAGAGGACCACGAUAAGAUGGUGAAGGUUGUUGAAGAGUACCUUGAGGACUACAACCAAAUCAACACCGCCCAGAUGAAACUGGUUCUCUUCUUGGAUGCCAUCAAACAUGUCUGUCGCAUCAGUCGUAUCAUCCGACAGCCCCUCGGCAACGCUCUCCUACUAGGAAUGGGUGGCAGUGGACGUCAGUCACUCACCAGACUUGCUGCUCACAUGGCUGAAUUUGACUGUUUCCAAGUUGAACUAGCCAAGAACUAUGGGACCCCCGAAUGGCGUGAGGACUUGCGUAGCGUGAUGAUGAAGGCAGGACUGGAGAACAAGCCUAUGGUGUUCCUCUUCAGUGAUACACAGAUCAAGAAUGAGAGUUUCCUGGAGGACUUGAACAACAUCCUCAAUGCUGGUGAUGUUCCCAACAUCUACGGCUUUGAUGAGCAGGACCAGAUCUACACUGCCAUGAAGCCCAUCGUCCAGGACCUGGGUCUCCAGCCCACCAAAACCAACCUGUUCUCAUGCUACACCAAGCGUAUCCGUAGCAACCUACACACCGUCAUCACCAUGAGCCCUAUCGGUGAGAUAUUCCGUGCUCGUCUUCGUCAGUUCCCUGCCCUAGUCAAUUGCUGCACCAUCGACUGGUUCAGUGAGUGGCCCGACGAUGCUCUGCGAUCCGUUGCUAUGCGCUUCCUCACUGACAUCCCAGACCUCGACACCACGGACGAGGUCAUGGAUGGUCUGGUUGUCAUGUGUCAGGAGAUCCACCAGUCUGUACACGUCAACUCCCAGCGCUUCCUGGCCGAGUUGUCCAGGCACAACUACGUGACUCCCACCAGCUACCUGGAGCUGCUCGGCAUCUUCUCCAAGCUGAUCGGGCUCAAGAAGAUGGAGCUGAACACUGCCAGGAGACGACUCAAGACAGGUCUCGAUAAGCUGCUGACAACUGCAGAUGAAGUUGCAAAGCUGCAGGAGGAGCUGGCCACGAUGAGGCCGCUGCUGGAGGAAGCUGUCCAGGAAUCUGUCCACACCAUGGAGAAGAUUUCUGUUGAUACGAAAUAUGCAGAGGAGACGAAGGCUGUGGUGCAGAAGGAGGAAGCAGAGGCUGCUGUCAAGGCCACGGAGACGCAGGCCAUUGCUGACGAUGCUCAGAGGGAUCUCAAUGAAGCUCUCCCAGCCCUAGAUGCUGCCUUGGCCAGUCUGAAAUCCCUGAACAAGAAUGACGUGGUUGAGGUGCGAGCCCUGCAGCGACCUCCAGAUGGUGUCAGGAUGGUUAUAGAGGCUGUGUGUAUCAUGAAGUCUGUCAAACCCAAGAAAGUUGCAGGGGAGAAGCCUGGCACCAAGAUUGACGACUACUGGGAGCCUGGCAAGGCCAUGCUGCAAGACCCCACCCGCUUCCUUGAAAGUCUCUUCAAGUAUGACAAGGACAACAUACCUGACGAUGCCAUCAAGAAGAUUCAGCCGUAUAUUGAUGAUGAUGCCUUCACGCCUGCAGCCAUUCAGAAGGUGUCCAAAGCCUGUACCUCUAUCUGCCAAUGGACAAGAGCCAUGCACAAGUACCACUUCGUGGCUAAAGGCGUCGCCCCCAAGAGGGAGAAGCUGCGUAUAGCCCAGGCAGACCUGGCAGAGACUCAGCGGAUCCUGGACUCAGCCAAGGCCAAACUGCAGGAAGUGGAGGAGGGCAUCGCCACACUGCAAGCCAAGUAUGAAGACUGCGUCCGCAAGAAGGACGAGCUGGAACACAAAUGCUCAGAGUGUGAAGCUAGGCUUGUCCGAGCUGACAAGCUGAUUGGUGGUCUGGCAGAUGAGAAGGAAAGAUGGAAGGAGUCAGUCGACAGGCUGGAGAUGGUGAUCGACAACAUCACCGGGGAUGUCCUCGUCUCCUCGGGAUACAUCGCCUAUCUUGGACCCUUCACGGGAGAGUACCGACAGCAGAUGCAGUGCGAAUGGGUGGAGAAGCUGGACAAGCUGAAAGUACCCAGGACAGAGGACCCAACACUUGUGUCCACCAUGAGUGACGCAGUCAAGGUCCGAAGCUGGCAGAUCUGUGGGCUCCCCAAGGACAGUCUCUCAGUGGAGAACGGUGUCAUCGUCCAGUUCUCACGACGUUGGUCUCUCUUCAUUGACCCUCAAGGACAGGCAAACAAGUGGAUUAAAAACAUGGAGAGAGACAAUGGACUGGACAUCAUCAAGCUGUCAGAUCGGGACUUCCUCCGAAGUUUGGAGAAUGCUAUCCGGUUUGGCAAACCCUGCCUCUUGGAGAAUGUUGGCAUUGAGUUGGAUCCAGCCCUGGAACCGAUUCUACUGAGACAGACUUUCAAGCAGCAAGGCAGCACUGUUAUCAAGUUGGGAGAUGCAGUCAUCCCCUACCAUGAAGAUUUCAAGUUCUACAUCACCACCAAGCUGCCCAACCCACACUACACUCCAGAAGUGUCAACCAAGGUCACUCUCGUCAACUUCACCCUGUCACCAAGUGGUCUGGAGGACCAACUACUGGGUACAGUUGUGGCAGAAGAGCGACCCGACUUAGAGGAGGCCAAGAACCAGCUGAUUGUGAGCAAUGCCAAGAUGAAGCAGGAACUGAAGGAGAUCGAGGACAGGAUCCUGUAUCGUCUUAGCUCCUCCGAGGGAAGCCCCGUCGAUGACAUCGAUCUUAUUCAGACACUAGAGGCUUCCAAAAUUAAGUCCUUGGAAAUCCAGGCCAAGGUGGUGGUUGCCGAGCAAACUGAGAAGGACAUUGACCAGACUCGUAGCCAGUACAUCCCAGUUGCUGUUAACACUCAGAUCCUCUUCUUCUGUGUGGCUGACAUGGCCAACAUCGACCCCAUGUACCAGUACUCCCUGGAAUGGUUCAUCAACAUCUACCUUAGUGGUAUCGCCAAUGCCGAGAGAGCAGACAACAUUCCUCAGCGUAUUAAGAACAUCAACAACUACUUCACCUUCAGCCUCUACAGCAACGUCUGCCGCAGUUUGUUCGAGAAACACAAACUUCUCUUUGCCUUCCUCCUCUGUGCCAGAAUCAAGAUGCAUAAUGGCUCUAUUAAUAUGGACGAGUGGAGAUUUUUGAUUGCUGGAGGUACAACAAAACCCGAUGAGUUACCAAAUCCCGCCCCGGAGUGGAUAUCCGAUCGCUCGUGGCAGGAUCUCUUAACCCUGGGUGUUUUGCCAAAGUUUGCCAGCUUCCCUGGAGACUUCAAGAAUCAUGCUGAUGGGUUCAAGAUGAUCUUUGAUAGUACAGAACCACACAGGGAACCUCUGCCGGCUCAGUGGAACGAUGACCUGGACAGCUUUCAGAAGAUCAUUGUGCUGAAAUGCUUGCGUCCAGAUAAAGUGACCAAUUCCAUGCAGGAUUAUGUGGCCGCAAACCUGGGUCAAAGAUUCAUUGAGCCUCAGACUGCUGACCUUCACCUUGUGUACAAAGACUCCUCCCCAACCACACCACUCAUCUUCGUCCUGUCGACCGGUACUGAUCCUGCAGCUGACCUGUACAAGUUUGCAGAGGAGAUGAGAUUUGCCAAAAAACUGUCAGCCAUUUCUCUUGGUCAGGGACAGGGCCCCAGAGCAGAGGCAAUGAUGCGUAGCGCCAUGGAGAGAGGGAAAUGGGUGUUCUUCCAGAACUGCCACUUGGCGCCAUCUUGGAUGCCUUCCCUGGAGCGACUCAUUGAACAGAUUGAUGUGGACAAGGUGCACCGAGACUUCCGCCUCUGGCUGACCAGUAUGCCAAGUGACAAGUUCCCAGUGUACAUCCUUCAAAAUGGCUCCAAAAUGACCGUGGAGCCGCCCAAAGGAAUCAAGGCCAACCUGCUCAAGUCCUAUGCUGGAGUGAAUGACGACUUCCUCAACUCAUGUGGGGAUAAGUCAAAUCCCUUCAAGUUCCUGCUUCUUUCACUGUCCUUGUUCCACGGAGUCCUCAUUGAGAGGAGGAAGUUUGGUCCUCUCGGCUUCAACAUCCCGUAUGAGUUCACCGAUGGAGACCUCCGGAUCUGUGUCAGUCAGCUCAAGAUGUUCCUUGUGGAAUACGAUGAAAUUCCAUACAAGGUGUUACGAUACACUGCUGGUCACAUCAACUAUGGCGGACGGGUGACAGAUGACUGGGACAGGCGCACACUCAUGAACAUCCUCAACGACUUCUACAACCCUGAGAUCCUGGAUGAGGACCACCUCUACUCCCCCAGUGGUGUCUACAGACAGAUCAGUCCCUCCCAGGACCAUAAUGGUUAUACAGCAUAUAUACGUAGCCUGCCCAUCAAUGACUCUCCAGAAAUCUUCGGCCUCCACGACAACGCUAACAUCACCUUCGCCCAGGCGGAGACAUUAUUCUUGUUGACUGGCCUUCUGCAGCUCCAACCCAAGUCCAAGGCUGGAGGAGGCAAAUCUCGAGAGGAGGUGAUGGAGGAAACAGCCAAGAACAUCCUGAGCCAGGUUCCGGCAGCUCUGCCUAUUGGCCCCAUUAUGGAGAAGUACCCUGUCCUGUAUGAACAGAGCAUGAACACUGUGCUGGUCCAGGAGGUCAUCAGGUACAACCGUCUGUUGAACACCAUCAACCAGUCACUGAAGGACCUACUGAAGGCUCUCAAGGGUCUAGUGGUCAUGUCCCAGGAGCUGGAGAACAUGGCCAACUCCCUCUACAACAACAUGGUCCCCACCAUGUGGGCAGGCAAGGCCUACCCCUCACUGAAGCCUCUUGCAUCCUGGGUGUUGGACCUGUGUACUAGGAUGGAGUUCAUCCAAGACUGGAUCGACAAUGGCAUUCCACCAGUGUUCUGGAUCUCUGGUUUCUUCUUCCCACAAGCCUUCCUCACAGGAACACUGCAGAACUUUGCCAGAAGGAAGGUCAUCUCCAUUGACACCAUCAGCUUUGACUUCGAGAUAAUGCGAGAGUCAUAUGCAGAGCUGAAGGAGUCCCCAGUGGAUGGCUGCUACAUCCGAGGCUUGUACCUAGAGGGGGCAAGGUGGGACUACACCAACAACACCCUGACCGAGUCUCGGCCCAAGGAACUCUACACCGAUGUCCCUGUUAUCUGGCUCAAACCUUUCCCCAACAGGGUACCGAAGGAGACUGGCAUCUAUGAGUGCCCAGUGUACAAGACACUCACACGAGCAGGCACACUGUCCACUACCGGUCACUCCACCAACUUUGUGUUCACCGUGGAGCUGCCAAGUGACAAGAACGCCAGACACUGGAUAAAGCAGGGCGUGGCCUUGCUGUGUGCCCUCAACUACUGAACCACUUGAUGUACCUCCGUGCAGUCUCUCAUUGGACCACUGCUCUCGUUACAGUUUUCAACUGUCUAUUUAUGCAUUUUAAUAGUGAUGUAAAAAUGUGCUUUACUCCAUCUGUGAUAUGAUAUUUUGUGUACAUGAAAUAAAUUAUUAUUAUUAUUCAUUGAAAUGUGAAAUAUAUUAGAAGUAUGUUUAUUUAUGGUAAGCUGCUGUUAAGUGCUAAAAUUAAUUGUAUUUUACAAGAACUUGUGAUAGUUUUCACAAUAUUGCUGGUCAGUAUGAAUCAUUGCUAUGCACAAACACACACUUGAACAACAGUUUCAACAACAGUUUCAACAACAUUAUAUAUGGCCACACCUAGAGGGAUGCUGCCCACAGUCACAUGAGGUCAUGGUUCAGCUAGCAGAAGCUAUUUUGUAAGCUCAGGUUGAGUGACUCUGUGUCAGGCUAAUGCACAAACACAAAUUGAAAAAAAAUACCACUCACGCUCUCCAGAUUUUAUUUUGUAUUUUAGUAAUUAUUUCCCAUUUAGGUUAAAUAUGCUGGGAAGAAAAAAAUUAAAUUAAAUUUUUAUGGUUUAUGUAUGAAUAACAUUACAUGGUCUGCUUAUUUGAAAUGUAGUGUGUGUGUGUGAAAUGUCUGUGGUUUUGAAAAUGUCCCGGUUGUGUUGGCUGUUAGAGCUGUGGUUUAAAGUGUAAUAGGGAGUAUGUGAAAGCAGGUGCUUGUGAAGACACCUUGCCAGCUGAUGAAGAAUGGAGGAACUUAAGGUCAUCUAAACUCAAGCAGCAUCUGUAACAUUGUCACAAGAAAGCUGUUACCUUUAACUGUCUUGGUGUUGCUAGAGAAUUCCAUGGUUGAGAAAACAUGAAUGAGUCUCUCCCUGAGUUCCUGCUUGUGUCGUGCAUGAAUGGUCAGUACUGCACAAGGGUCAUUUUCAUGCCACAGUUGUGGAUAAUACAUGGCAGAAGAGAUUUAGGGACAAUCUGUUGACCUCUCUGGGUAAUAUCUAUAGGGCUUUUUGGCUGCUGGGACAAGCUGACCUCAAUUACAAACAGCUGUGCUGUAGUGGUCAAUGGUGGUCACUCCAACCACCCAUCGGCCUUUAGUCCAUUUUGGCCAGUAUUGACUUAUCUGGAUCGAGGCUUCAGCUGGUAUGAACCCAGGUGCACCCCAGCUAGAGUGGUGUUGACAAAACCAUUGAUAGUAACAUAUUGCUCUGAAAUUUAUAUUUGUUUCUGAGGCUUAAAGUCAUUAAACAGCCUGUUAUGUAUUUGUGACUCUGAAAGUAUUAUUUACACAAAUUUUACUGUUUUCCAAUACAUUUUAAGAUUUUAGCAUUAAAUGCACAUGAUUUUUAAAGAGAUACUGUUGUACCUUCCAACUUGUUUAUGUAUUUUAGAUUUUCAGCAUUACAAAAUUGCAGCAUGAUUUUUGUGAUCAUUUUGUCAGAGUUUUUCUUAACUGCUGAUACAGUGAUUAUUGAUAUUGUCCCAAACCUGAAAUUUUGGAAUUGGUGGUGUGGAGUGAUAAGUGGUUCUUGCUUAUAUUCACACAUAUAGAUUUGGUUGUGUAUGUCAUCAGCUGUUGUUGUUUGUCUAUAUCAGAUGAUUGACAGCAGUGACAUGUGUUACUUAUCAAUAUCCCCAUGGCCAGCCAGUAUUAGGGUAUUGAUCUCCUCACAACUACUCAGCUUAAUCAAAGAAAAACAAAUACACUUUGAUCAAUCAAUUUGAUUUGACAUCAGUUGUGUUUUUUUGGUUUUGUGUUAAAAAAGUUGUUCCUAUUUGAUUAUUAAAAAAGGUUCUUGUAUCUUGCAGUAUUGAUCUAGCUGAAUAUUCUGUCUAUGCACAAAUGUUUGUAAUCACAAUUCAUGCUGAAAAUUGUGACAAUAUUUUGUUGGUUCUGUGAUGUUUGUAAAUGGCAAUGAUGUAGGUGGCCAUUUGUGAUGACUAAACACAUGCCGAGUCUGACAGUAUUAUCAUUCCGUCCAAGUGGAACAUUUGUAUAUUUCACAGGGAAAUAUUCCUGGAAAGUUUUAUGUUUACAGAACCAGUCCACAUGUAGGGUACAAACUGUAUUCUUGUUGACCCAAUAAAGGAAGAGAUCACCA